AUGAGUGAAAAGAAACCCAUUGUCAUUGAUGUCGGAACAUAUAAUUUCAAAGUAGGAUUUAGCGGAGAUAAAUACACCACAUUUCCAUCUAUGUAUGGUGAAGAUAAAAGAAAGGUUAUUGUUGGAAAAAAAUUAUUUGAAGAUGAAAAUGAAGGUGGUUUAUCAAAAGAAGAAUGUGAUAGUAUAAUGGUAAAAUCGGUUUUAGAACGUGGGAUUGUCAAAAAUAUUGAAAAGUUUAAUAAACUUUUAGAAUAUACUUUCGAAGAUGUUUUACAUGUUUCACCAAAUGAACAUAAAAUAUUUUUAACAGAGCGUCCAAAGAACCCAAAAGAAAAUAGAGAAAAGAUCAUAGAAUCAUUAUUCGAAAAGUAUGGUGCACCAUCUAUCUAUAUUGGUAAUCAACAGGUACUAUCAUUAUAUGCAUCCAAUUUAACCAAUGGUAUAGUAAUAGAUUCUGGUGAAGGCAUUACAAGUUGUGUACCUGUUUUUGAAGGUUAUUCUUUUCCCAAUGCUGUUGAAAAUAUAAAUGUUUCUGGUAUUGACGUAUCAAAUAUCAUAGCCAAAGAGUUGGUUAAAGAAAACCCAAACCAUUCAUCAAUUUUCUCAUCUUUCUAUAACAACGAAAGCACAGUUACAAAUAUGAAAAUUAUCAAAGAGAUCAAAGAGAAGCUAUCUUUUGUUCCAAUUGACUACCACAAAGAAAUUUUAGAAUUACAACAAACUGAAAAUCAACACAGACAGUCAUUCAAAUUGCCUGAUGGAAAGGAAAUUAAAUUAAAUAAUCAAAUUUUAUUAAGUGGUGAUGUUUUGUUCAAUCCCAAUCUAGUUAAUCCAAAUGAAAACCUCAGCCUUGUUGAAGCAACCAUUCAAUCAAUCAACAAAUGUGAUGAAAUCAUUCAAAACUCUCUCUACAACAACAUUGUUAUUGCAGGUGGUUCAACUUUGUUCAAUGGAUUUGUUUCUCGUUUAAAAGAAGAGCUUUUGAAGACCGUUCCAAAGAAUGUCAAAAUCAAUUUAAUAGCACCUCUAGACCGUGAUUACUCUUCUUGGAUAGGAGGAUCAAUUUUAACAUCACACUCUAGCAUGGAAAAGUUGUAUGUCACCAAAAAUGAAUAUUUAGAAAAUGGUCCAAGUAUUAUUCACAAAAAAUGCUUAUAA